CAGCACGCCGGCUGCCAGGACCAUGCCGACGAAGCGCGGCUUCCGGUGGGGGUCACGUGUAAGCAAGAUGGCGGCGGCCAAGAGGAAGCGUGGCGGUGCUGAGGCCCGGCCGAGGAAACGAGCCAGAGGGGCUCCGAACGGGACCGGGCUGCCGGCCAAGCCAAGCCCGCAGGGAGCGGAGAGGGAGGAGCACAGCAUCCCGGCUCCCGUCUCCAAGGGUAAAUGGAAAAACAAAGAGCGGGUGCUUAUUUUCUCUUCUAGAGGAAUAAAUUUCAGAACAAGACAUCUAAUGCAUGACUUGCGAACACUGAUGCCACACUCUAAAGCAGACACUAAAAUGGACCGUAAAGACCAGCUGUUUGUAAUUAAUGAGAUUUGUGAAAUAAAAAACUGCAAUAAGUGCAUAUAUUUUGAAGCCAAAAAGAAACAGGAUCUCUACAUGUGGCUUUCAAAUUCACCUCAAGGACCAUCAGCCAAAUUUUUAGUACAGAAUAUUCAUACCCUGGCAGAACUGAAGAUGACUGGAAACUGCCUGAGAGGCUCACGACCUCUUCUGUCCUUUGAUCCGGUGUUUGAUCAAGAGCCACACUAUGCUCUGUUAAAAGAGUUGUUUAUUCAGAUUUUUAGUACACCACAGUAUCACCCCAAAAGCCAGCCUUUUGUAGAUCAUGUAUUCACGUUCUCCAUCACAGACAACAGGAUCUGGUUUCGAAACUAUCAGAUCAUGGAAGAAGAUGCAUCUCUUGUAGAAAUUGGACCUCGUUUUGUUUUAAAUCUCAUCAAGAUUUUCCAGGGCAGCUUUGGAGGACCAACUCUAUAUGAGAAUCCACAUUACCAGUCUCCAAACAUGCAUCGGCGGAUUACAAGAUUGGCUGUAGCUGCUAAAUUCAGAGAAAAACAUCAAGUGAAAGACCUGCAGAAACUUAGGAAAAAAGAAGAAAAGACAAUUAUUCCAGAAGAUCCUACUGAAACUGUCUUUGACACUCCAGCAGAGGAAAAGCCAUUGGAAAUAGAGUUGGUGAAACCUGUGCUAAAAGUCAAUUUGAAAAAGAAAAAGAAAUUAUUUCAACGACAAAGGAAGAGGCAAAAAAAAAAUUCCAGGGUGGGAGUGUAAAAUGUCAGUGGAAAAAAAUGAAGCAGACUUCAAAAGUCAUCUGUUAGUCUUGCAUACUUAGGUUUUUAGCUAUAUUUCAGAGCUAUCUUGCAUAUGAUCUUGUAUCUUUUUUUUUUUUUAAAGUCAGCAGCUGCUUGCCACCAACUUUGAGUAAAUGAAAAAUCAGAUGUGGAUUUCUUCUGCUCUAGGACUCAUCUUAUCUCAGACUGUUUUUUAAAUAAAAUUGGUUGGUAUUUUUGUUGUACAUAUGUCUUCCAAAGAAUAGAUACAUUAAUACCUUAUAAGGCUUUUAGAGAAAUAUGGACGUUUUAGGGGGAAGGUGUUGCAGGGCAGCAACAAGAGGUGAAUAAGAAAGUCUGACCAAAAAUUUCUUACAAUUGAAAAUUAAUCUUGUAUGGGUCAGUAAUUUUGGGUUUUUGGGGGGGAGCACUACCUAAAGGAGUUUGGGUGCUUUCCCCUAGCCAUAGUUCAGAAGUUUAGUUCCCCAGCAGUAGCCAAGAUCUUACAGUCUACAUUACAUUUGACAUACAAGUACACUUUCUCUUUAAAAGAUGCAACAUGCCUACAGUAUUGGUUCACUUUUUCUUGGCCAGUUACCAACCCUAUCCCAUGGUUCUUGGAGAAGAGAAAGGAUUAUGUGA